AUGUCGUCGUCCCCGCGGCCGGCGACGGCGGCGCAUCGCCGGCGCCCCCACCAUUCCCCGCCAUCCGCGCUCGCCUACCUCUGCGCCGCGAUCACGCUCCUCGCCCUCGUCGCCGCGGCCUUCUCCCGCGCGCUCGCCCCCCGCUUCCCGCACCCGCCCGCCACACGCCGCUGCGGCGCCGACGCCGAGGGUUCCUGGUCCGCCGGGGUCUUCCUCGGCGACUCCCCGUUCACCCUCAAGCCAAUCGAACACUGGGGGAUCUCGAAUGACGAAGGAGCGGCCUGGCCGGUGGCGAACCCGGCGGUGACGUGCGCGGACGUGGCGGAGGCCGGAUUCCCCAGCAGCUUCGUCGCCAACCCCUUCCUCUUCAUCCAGGGUGAUGCCAUUUACAUGUUUUUCGAGACGAAGAACCCAGUUACAUCACAAGGUGACAUUGCUGCUGCUGUGAGCAAGGACUCCGGUGCAACAUGGCAGCAAUUGGGCGUGGUGCUAGAUGAGGACUGGCAUCUUUCGUACCCAUAUGUGUUCAGCUACCAUAACAAGAUCUAUAUGAUGCCGGAAAGUAGUAAGAAUGGAGAUCUUCGGUUAUACCGUGCAUUAGAUUUCCCCCUUACGUGGAAAUUGGAGAAGGUCCUUCUGGAGAAGCCACUUGUAGAUUCAGUUAUCAUAAAUUUCCAGGGUUCCUAUUGGCUCCUUGGAUCAGAUUUAAGCUCUUAUGGUGGAAAACAGAAUGGAGAGCUCAGUAUCUGGUAUAGCAGCUCUCCUCUUGCUCCUUGGAAUCCACACAGGCAUAAUCCAAUUCGUAGCAUGGCUAACAGGUCGAAUUUUAGAAAUGGAGGCAGGCCAUUCAUUUAUGACGGCAAUCUCUAUCGUAUAGGCAAAGAUAGUGGCGGUGUAUCUGGCCAUAGUAUCAAAGUCUUCAAAGUUGAAAUCCUGACAGCAAAUGAAUACAAGGAAGUUGAGGUAUCAUUUGCCAUCGACAAGCCCCCAAAGGAAAAACAUGCAUGGAAUGGUGCACGGUCCCAUCAUCUUGAUGUUCAAUGGCUUCAAUCAAGUCAAGUCUGGAUUGGGGUAAUGGAUGGUGAUAGAGUGUCCUCAAGUGAUUCAGUUCACCGCCCGACCAUAGGGUACAUGAUUUAUGGAGUCACUCUUGUACUAGUUCUGCUGCUUGGUGGGCUCAUUGGUGCGAUUAAGUGCACGUUGCCACUCAGAUGGUGUGCUCCACAAACUGAGAAACGGGAUGAUUUCUUCCAUGCAAAGCAGCAAUUCGUUCUACAGGACAAGCUAAGCUUGCUGAUUUCCAGUUUGAACAAGUUGGGUUCUCUUCUCGGUGGGAGAAUUGACUACAGAACUUGGAAGGGCCGAGUUUCUGUAGCAGUAGUUAUACUAAUUUUAACUUUUCUAACUUGUCUUGGAACUCACUACAUAUAUGGUGGCAAUGGUGCUGAAGGGCCAUAUCCAAUCAAGGGUAGAUACUCACAGUUCACACUGUUAACUAUGACAUAUGACGCCCGGCUUUGGAAUUUGAAGAUGUUUGUGGAGCAUUACUCCAAAUGUGCGUCAGUGAGGGAGAUUGUAGUUGUCUGGAACAAGGGCCGUCCCCCAGUACAAAAUGAAUUGAAGUCAGCAGUUCCUGUCAGAGUCAGAGUUGAAGAUAAGAACACUCUGAACAACAGAUUCAACAUAGACGAAGAAAUUAAGACAAGAGCUGUUAUGGAGCUUGAUGAUGAUAUCAUGAUGCCAUGUGAUGACUUAGAGCGUGGGUUCAAGGUAUGGAGGGAGCACCCUGACAGGAUCGUUGGCUACUAUCCACGCCUUGCUGAAGGUACUCCACUGGAAUACCGCAAUGAGAGAUAUGCUCGGCAACAAGGAGGUUAUAACAUGAUACUGACUGGAGCAGCAUUUAUGGAUCAUGACUUGGCUUUUAAGAGGUAUUGGAGCGAGAAGGCUGAGGUAGGAAGGGAGACUGUUGACAGUUUCUUCAAUUGUGAGGACGUCCUUCUAAAUUUCUUGUUUGCGAAUGCAAGCUCAAUGAGCACAGUGGAGUAUGUGAAGCCAGCUUGGGCAAUUGACAUGUCUAAGUUUUCAGGAGUAGCCAUUAGCCGAAACACACAAGCACAUUAUCAUGUUAGGAGCAAAUGCCUUGCUGAAUUUUCAGAGAUCUAUGGAAACUUAACUGCUAAGAGAUUCUUUAGCAGUAGAGGUGAUGACUGGGAUGUAUAGUAACACAUCUAACUACAUGUUUUCGUUCAUGAGAUUUAAAUAGCCUGAUUAACUAAGUUCAUAAGUUGGUAAAGUAGGGCAACAGUAGUUCAGGAUGAUUGGUUCAAGUGAAGCACUGAAGUAAUUUAUCAUGAUACACACUUUGGAGUGUAUGUUAAGCAUAGUAUCCUCUUUCUAUAGG